UGCUGCUCGGCUACGCGGUGGGCCACAGAAGGCAGCAUGGCAGAUUCAAUCAUUGCACCGGCUCCUCGGGAUAUUGAAACAGAGCGUGUUCAAGAGGCCACCUUCCCCUGCCAUUGGGAGCCGUCGGGAAGAAAUUGCCGAGCAACAGGCCGUUCGGUUCACCUGUGACGUCCGUGCCCGAGUUGAGCGCGUGCCCUCGAACGGUCAGAGGGGAAGUCCAGCCCUGCCUCACUCGGACGGGGUGAAGAAUGACCGUGACACCCGCUUCUCUUCAAAAGACAUUAUGAAGAUGUACGGACCCCGCAUUAACAAACGCGAGCGCAAGGAGCUGAGCGCUUGCAAGGAGAUCUGGUAUUACAGCGCGACGCCACGGAGGAUGGGACGUGGCAAAGUCACCUGUUAUGGAGCCGACGGCCACUACAUUCCGGUUUGGCACGAACACCUCCUCUACCGCUACGAGGUGCUGGACGUACUGGGCCAGGGCAGCUUCGGGAAGGUGCUCAAGUGCCUGGACCACAAGAGCAAGGAGUUCGUCGCCGUCAAGGUGCUCAAUCGAGCCCGGUUCAACGAGAGCGUUCAUCGGCGGGAGAUUGAGAUUCUCAAGAGGCUGCAGACGGCGAGAGAGAGCAGCAAAAUCAUCCGCAUGAUGGAGCACUUCUCUUUUCGCGGCCGCGAGUGCGUGGUCUUCGAGCUGUUGAACGGAAAUCUGCGGUCGCAGCUGAAGCUGACCCAUCGCCAGGGGUUUGUCCUGGAGACGGUGCGCCUCUUCGCCAUCUCGCUGCUCAAGAGCCUCCAGCAGCUCCGUGACGUGAACGUGAUCCACGGUGACCUCAAGCCGGGGAACAUCGGCAUCUGCAGUUAUGAGGCUGGCGAAGUGAAGCUCUUCGACUUUGGCUGCAGCUGUUUCGAUCAUGAAGAGCACUUCACUAAGAUCCAGACCCGACACUACCGAGCACCCGAAGUCAUACUGGAUCUGGGCUACAGCUUCCCUGCCGACAUGUGGUCCCUGGGCUGCACUCUGGCAGAGCUGCACUCAGGCCAGACGCUAUUCCCAGGACACACGAACGAAGACCAGCUGCAUUCUAUUAUGGAGGUGUUUGGACUCCCGCCCCAGAACAUGAUCGAAGAGUCCAGUGUCCAACUUGAAUUUUUCGAUGACAGCGGCCGUGCCCAGCUGCACCGCCGCCUCGUGAGGGCCCCGGGGAGCCGAGCCCUCCCGCUGGCGCUCGGAACGACGGACGAGCUCUUCAUCGACUUCAUUCGGAGCUGCCUGCAGUGGGAUCCGGAGUGGCGCCUCACGCCGCACGGUGCCAUGGAUCACGAAUGGGUACGGGCCCCGAGGAUGCCUCCUGCCCAAUCGGCCGCCCCUGACCUCGACGAUGAAGAGGGCCCAGGGCCACCGUCCGGCAACACAUGCGGUUCCGCUGCUCCACUCCGUGAUGCGAAGGACCCAGGCGCAGCACUACACGUACACCCGGAUGCAACCUUGGCGAGCAGUGAUAACCAGGGCAUUGCCUCGCCGUCACAUGAUAACUGGGCAGACCAAGUCAUAGAGGAGGCUCUUGUCUUUGCUCUCGGCCGUAAGAGGGACACUGCUGGAACACUUCUGAUUCAGGAGGACCUGACUACAGCUCGCUCUGCGCAGCAGUGCCCAGCCUUGGCUUCCUGCACUCGGCAGGAAGCUGAUGGCACAUCUCAAAGUCACGAGUGCCUGGUCACAUCGUCAGUUGCACAGCGGGACCCAAAUCCACCUUGUGGCCCGAAAGCCGAAGCUGCCGAGGCUUCAACAAACGGGGGCAACUUGACCAUGACCCCGGUUGACCCCAGCCCAGCUGCAGCAUCCGACUGCAACAGGAGUUUGGCUACAGAUUCCUGCAAUAAGCAGCAGCAGGCGGCUCGCACUCCGCGCGAAACGAUUCGAGCUGCUGAUCGAGAGGAUGCUGGCCAUGCGAAGGCCCUUCCGGCUGAGGAGGUCGUCCAGGCUGCGUCGCAUCGGCACAAUAAUCCAUCGCAGCGUUUUCUCUUCGCCAACAAGAGACUGCGUCCCUUCUUCAGGCGAUUGCUUCACUGCCAUUCCUGCUGCGGCGGCGGUGGAGAAGUUGGUUAUUGACACCGUUGAGAAGAUAAUGUGUGUUACUCAUAACGUGAACUUGUAACGCAAAUGCGCGGGAUGUUCUAUCACACUAUCAUAAUCUAUUAGAAAAAAGCUUUGCUGCCUGGCUGGCAGGCUGGAGGGAGGGACACAUCAAGCGGCGGUAUCUCUUCACUCUCCUUAACACUUUGACCACGGCGAAAAAGUGCCACGUUCUUUGGAGCGCGUCCCAAGUUCGACUUCUGUUGAUCGUCUGCGGAGCCAAGACCGUCGAUCCUGGCUGAGUGGCGCUUCUCUGUGGCCGCUCCCGUCAUAUGGAACUCUGUCUCCCACAAAGGAAGCAUUCACACUCCCUCUAGCGCAGGGGUCGAACACCAAAAUCACAAAACGAGCCAUUUAUUUUCAAAUUCGGUGAAAAAACCCCUCAAUGUUUCAAGAGCCGCAAUGCAUGUGCGUUUGAGACGGUCCUUAAUAAAUAACGUCACGAAGCAGUCCUUUAAGAGCCAAAUGCGGCUCCGAAGCUGCAAGUUGCCGACCCCUGCUCUCGCGUUAGGACCCAGCUGAAUGUGCAACCCUUGUUCAGGCCAGCGCACGAGGAACUGUGAGCCUGUGCGCAUCGCGCCUCCGAAUUCGCGCCAACACAACGACUUACUUGUCUGUUGGUCGAAAUGUGUGCGCAUUACAAAUUGUUUCAUGAUUUAAUAUUAUUAUUACAUUCACAACCUCGUGUACUCGGGGCUUAAUUUCAUCUGGGUCUCAGCUGUAAGUUACCCAAGUUAAACCAGGCCUUGUUUAGGAUUGUUGUGAUUUGGUCUAAAUGCUAAAGGGUCCAACAGUCAAACAUACACAGCUCAUCAAAGAUCUAAGGAGUGGUAGGAGAAACAUCCAAAUUCGCCCAGCGUGGCUGCCUUGUGUAUUAUGAUGGUGUUGUAAUAUAUUG